AUGGUGAAAAAAUUAGAACUUCAAAAUGGACUUUAUUUGCUUUCGUCUAAGUCUGGAUGGAUACUAAGUGGUAGAAUAAAGGACACAUACGAUGAUUCAAAUGACAAUAAUUUGCUCAUUCUAACAUUUGGCAGUAAACAGAACAGUACAAAUGCAUUCACUGCUAUAGAUAAUGUACUAUCACCAAAGACAGAACUAGAAGACUUUUGGAACGUUGAAAGUAUUGGAAUUGUAGAUAAAGAGUCACAAAAAGAAGACGAUCUAGUCAGGGAAGACUUUACUAGAACGCUUAAGUAUGAAAACGGCAGAUACCAAAAAGGUAUAAUAGAAGAAGUCAAACCAAAUAAAUCAAACGGUACUGUGCAUUACCUAGCUCACCAUGGAGUCAUUACACCACAAAAAACAACAACCAAACUUCGAGUAGUAUACGAUGCAUCGGCAAAGACUUCAAAAGAAAAUAACAGUGUGAACGACUGCUUGUAUCGCGGUCCUGUUAUGGUUCAUGACUUAUGUGGAAUAUUGUUGAGAUUUCGAAAACAUCCGAUCGCAAUUGUAGCCGACAUCGAGAGGGCGUUCCUUCAAAUAGAACUUCAAAGAGAUCAACGUGAUGUUACAAGGUUCUUAUGGUUAAAAGAUAUUGACAAUCCAAUGACUAACGCAUGA